AUGGGGAAUCAUCAAGUUGAUAACAAGUUCACUUGGGUGAUUAAGAACUUCUCCUCUUUGCAAUCUGAGAAAAUCUACUCCGAUCAGUUCCUGAUAGAUGGCUGCAAAUGGCGUCUUAUGGCCUUUCCUAAGGGAAACAGAGUGAACUAUUUGUCUCUGUACCUUGAAGUCGCUGACUUUGAAUCGUUGCCUUGUGGAUGGACAAGACACGCAGAGUUUGAUUGUACCGUCGUAAACCAAACUAAGGAGAGAUUCUCACAAGCGAAAAGAACAGAACACUGGUUUGACAAGGAGGAACCAGACUGGGGUUUUACGUCCAUGCUUCCCCUUCACAGACUCGAUGCCAAAACAUCUGAGUUUCUCAUGAACGGAGAAGUCAAGGUUGUUGCAGAGGUAAAGGUUCUUCAAGUUAUUGGUGAAUCCAACGAGGCAACACAACCUCUAAAAAAAAUGAAGAUCAAUGAUGAUGCUGCAGCGUCUACUCCAGCAGAUUGGGUGGAGGUUAAUGGGUUUCAAAUUCUUUCUUCACAGGUGGAUUUGGCGAGGCGUGUCUUUGAAACACACCCAGAGACUGCAAUAGAAUGCCGUACCAAGAACCAAGAUCUGAGAACAUCAUACAUGAAUGUCCUCCUCAGCCUAAUCAAGAUGCUCUUCAAGUUGCCUCAGGAACACUCCGAGGAUGAUGAUCUGUCUGAUUCAGUAGCUGCUCUGGCAUACUUGAAAAGCGUAGGGUUUAAGUUGGAUUGGUUGGAGAAGAAGCUUGAUCAAACCAAAGAAAACAAGAAGAAACGUGCCCGUGUGUGUGAAAUGGAACAAGAGCUACAUGGCUUGGAGCAGAAGUGCAAAGACCUAAAAACUCUGCUGGAUAAAGAGAAGGCUGAGAUUUUGGAAGCCACAGCUCCUGAUCUCUCUUUCAGUAAUGUUGUUUGA